UCAACAAAGCCAAACAAAAUGGUCGGUUCUUCUAACUUUCUUGAACUUAUAAGCUUCAAAUCAUCCGGUUCCACCGAUCGUCUCUGUUAAUUCAAACCACCAUCAUCACUUCCAACAAUCCCUAUAAUCACAAUAAUCCCAACGCCACUAAACCCCAAACCCCUAUACAUCUCACCGUCAAACCCCCUUCCAAUCCGAUGCUAAUUCGACGAUUGUAUACCACCAUCCCCCAAUCCAGCCUCAACCCAUUUUUCCUCACCAAAAAACCCACAAACCCUUUUCAUAUCAUCACCCAAUUCACCCCCAAAAUCCCCAAUUUUCAAACCCCCAAAUCAAUUUCAAGCAUGUCCGAAAACCGGAGACCCGCCGGAGCCCAAAUACCGGCGGUGGAAACCGCCGACCGGACGGAAUUAUACCGGGCUCUGGAAUCAUCAAUGGGGUCUUCAUUCAGUUCAGAGCCAUUGGCCCCAAGUUCAAGACCUUUGGUGAUUGUUAUUAGUGGGCCAAGUGGUGUGGGCAAAGACUGUUUGAUAAAAUGCCUGACUGAAGUUAGAAAAAAUAUUCACUUUGUUGUGACUGCAACUAGUAGAGCAAUGAGGCCUGGUGAGGUUCAUGGUAAAGAUUACUUUUUUGUGAGUAAAGAAGAGUUUUUAACCAUGGUGGAAAAUGAUGAGCUUUUGGAGUAUGCAUUGGUGUAUGGGGAUUAUAAGGGGAUACCGAAACAGCAGAUUCGGGAUUAUAUGGCUAAAGGGUAUGAUAUUGUGUUGAGGGUGGAUAUUCAGGGUGCAUCUACAUUGAGGAAGAUACUUGGGGAUUCUGCGGUUUUCGUGUUUUUGGUGGCGGAGAGUGAGAGUGAGUUGGUUAUGAGGUUGAUCGAUAGGAAGACGGAGAGUAAGGAGUCGUUGAUGGUGAGGGUGGCUACGGCUCGAGAAGAGUUGAAGCAGAUGAAGAAUUUUGAUUAUGUGGUUGUGAAUGCUGAAGGGAAGUUGGAGAGUUGUGUUAAGAUGAUGGAAGCGAUUAUAGAUGCGGAGAAAGCUAAAGUUGUGCAAAGGAGAGUGAUGGUCUAGCUUUGUUAACAAUGCAUGUUGUUUGAAACCUUUGUUUUCGUAUCGUUUUUGGUUGAUUAGGUAAGUGAAUUAUGAAUGGUUGUUUGAUUUUGUCAUGUUUGGGUUGUUUCCUGAAUGCAGAAACUAGUUUUACACUGUCUUAA